AUGGCGCUCCCCCAAGCAGAAAUAUUCGAAGACGAACUUCCCCUGAUUCGAAGCUGUCCUGCAUUGAACGAAAUUCGCCUUGCUCAAGAUAUAAAAGACUUGACAAUAGAGGUAGCUGUCUUUACUGUGGACAUUUUAUGUCUGUGUGUGUGCAUGUGUUAGGUAAAACAUGGCCAUGUUUUUCACGUCCAUCGAAUAAUACUAGCUGCUCGCAUUCCAUCUUUGCGAGCAGCUCUCAGUGGACCGUGUGGGGAGGGGAAUUCAGUCCUCAGAUGGCCGACAAUACCUCUCAGGUAAAGCUGUCAUCUUUGAUUUUGCAUGCGUUACCUAGCCUUGCCGCUUCACUCGUCCAGUAUAUUUACACUGGUCAAGUGGAGAUGAUGCAGGCGAAUGUGAAAGGCAUGGUUACGUUAGCGAGAAUGCUCAAGCUGCCUGACCUCGAAAAUUGGGGGGUGAAAUUCAUGGUGAAAAGGUAAAUAUUUCCCGGUUUUUCCACUCUACCUCCCCACUCUUAAGGGUCACUUUAGAAAAUUUAGCGUCCACAUGGGACAUUGCGAAAUCUCUGAAUAUCCGAUCACUGAUGCAGGCUUGCUUGAAUCUAAUGGAAACGCAGUUUAAAAGUUUUGUCUCUAGUGAGCUCUUUGUCCGCCUGCCAGCUGACACGGUCUUAAGUCUGCUUCGAAGCACUAAUCUCUCAGUGGAAUCUGAGGAGCAUGUGUUUGACGCCAUUGCAAGUUGGGUGGGUGAUGGUGCGGAGGACGCCAACGAGAGGUUAAAAUUGCACGCACCGAAUAUGCUGAAAGAGGUUCGGUGGUGCCAGACGACUCUUCAGUUCCGCAAGCAUCUCACGGAUAAUCAUCCAAUGUUUCAGAGCAAUUUGGAAUGUGCGUAAGUAUAGGCCGUGGAACCUCGUUAUUUUCCUGGUAAAGCAAGUUUAUGCUUCAGGUUGAACAGUGGAUGAGCUUCGCGGACGAGGACAAGCCUCCGUGUCCAUUCAAUCAACAUGGGAGACCCACUCUGUCCUUCUUAGUAUUUGGACGAGAUAAAGAUCAGGACAGAUGGUUCGUCCUCCGUUUAGAUUCAGACCUGAAAAAGGAAAAACGAUUUGCUGACAUGGAACCGCGCGCGUACGCCUCCUACAGCGUCGUGGGCGGUGAGUUUUCUGACAGUUACGUGCUCUUAUCAACUCAUUAAAUAAAUUUCAAGAAUUAACGGUUUUUUCCCCAGAAGUAUAGCACAUCCUUCUGUUAGUAUGAUUGGGAUUUUGAGAACUUGUUUCCGUCCAUUUUUUUCGCGUAACGAUUAUGUCCACCGAGAAUUCCGUCAAAAUUUGGACAGGAUAAAGAUCAGGCUAGGUGGUCCGUCCUCCGUUUAGAUUCAGCCCUGCAAAAUGAAGAACGGUAUGCCGACAGGGAACGGCGCUCUUGCGCUUCUUACAGCGUCGUCCGGAGUGAGUUUUCGGACAGUUACGUACUCUUAUCAAGUCAUUUGUUAAAUUUGAGAAAUUAACGGAUUUUUCACCAGAAGGAUAGCACAUCCUUCCGUUAGUAUAAUUGGGAUUUUGUGAUCCAGUUUCCGUCCAUUUUUCCGCACAGUGAUUAUGUUUCCGAAAAUUCCGUCAAAAUUAACAAGCAAGAACAGUGCCUUAGGAAUAUCUGAUAAAUCGGAAACAUCGCAUUUCUUGCAUUUUUUAUAAAGUAGGUACAGUUUGCCUAAACAAGUCCUCAUUUACAGGGUUUUCCUGUUGAGUUAUCGUUAGCUUCUCGUCUAGGAAACAUUGUCAGAUGUUCGUCCUUCACAUGACAAUAUUCCAAAUUCUCGCAUAUGCACUUGCUGCCACGAGGACAGAAAACUAAUUGCAGUACUAGUCAACUAACAUUAUCUUGGCCGACGCUAGGUUUUUAUUAGCAAAUCUGACGGUUUUUGUAAAACCACCUUCCUUAUACCCAAUCCUCGCACUUUUUUUCUACACGGAAGAGAGCAUUUUCGUAGUUGGUGGAGAGAUCGGGUCGCAGGUUGGUUUAACGACCGUCGAGGAGUUUCUGGCAGGAGAACAGCGCUGGCGCAAACGGGCGGCCCUCACCGUCGGACGCUCUGCCCACGCAGCCGCAGUCGCGAAAAUUGAUUCGACCGCAGACGAGGAAAGCCAAGAGACGACGCUGAUUGGUGUUUUUGGUGGAUCCUCUAACAAAGGCGGCACCUGGGAAAACCUUUCCUCUUGUGAAGUCUAUGACGUUAGUCAGGACAGGUGAGAGCACUCGUGGGGAAUCUGCGUUACCUCCUUAUAAAGCUGGCUGUUCUUCUCACUCGCCUCAUCUACCCAAAAGGUGGCGCAAACUGCCCGACCUUCGGGAGAAGCGGAACGGUCCAGCUGCUGUCUGCCUGCCCGGAGACAAUCGGUUCUUUGUUUUUGGCGGUCGAGCUGGCUCUUCUGCGCUUGCUUCUGUGGAGUUCUGUCACCUGCGAGCGGACUGGCAGGAAAAGGCGACGUCGACCAGCACCGCAGAGUUCUGGCUACAAGCUGCUCCAAUGAGAACGGCGCGAGUCUACCUCGCAGCGACACACUUCAGGGGGAGAGUCAUUGUUGCCGGUGGAAUUAACGCAAACAAGGAUGUCAACGUGGUUGAGAUUUUUUCUCCUCCAGACGCCAUCUGCCCACUCGGUCAGUGGACAGACCUGGCCGCGAUGAAGCAGCCACGCCGUUCUUUCGUUCUUCUCGCCACCGCUGACGCCGUCUUUGCUCUCGGUAAGGACAUCUGCCCUUUUGCUCUGCAUUCUUCUUCUUAUUUCUCGCAUGCCUUUUUCCGCAAAACCAGUUUAUGAGGCAGAAAGAUUAGAGUAUCAGUAAGCGUAACCAACUAAAAAUAUAAUUCGGCAAGAGGUUUGAACUUUUUUUACAUAAAGGGUAAUGCUGUGUAUUGUUUGCCUCAUUCCUUUGAAAUUUAUUAAACAAAGACUUCAGUGUUGCGAUUUUUCUAAAUCUGUAGGCAGUACAAGCGCACCAGAAAACACGAUAGAGGUGUUCACUGCACCAGGAGGUUCGCUUGACUCCGGCAAUGACUUGGAAUCCUGGAUCUGGUCGUCGAAGAGCUCAGUAGAAUCAAUUAGCAGGAUUCAAGGAGCUGCAAGCAUUCACAUAUAAACGUCUGUUUUUUUAAUGUUGACUUGGGAUCUUUUUCAUUGUCUGAAACAUAAAAAUAAAUGUUUUACCAUUUUCCUAUGAAUACGUCGGAAGGAUAUACAGUGCCCAACAUGUGGGAUGACCGAUUUAGACCGUGUUUUACUUUGAGGUGAAUGAAACAGAUGUUUCUACGCUUUGGACUAGAUGGAUCAAUGAAUUUGUCCGAGUGGGAUGCUUAUUCGCUGACCUAAUGCAGAAUUUUGUCAAAAUCGCAAAUCCACAGACCUAUGUGUCAAAACGGAUGACAAAUGUGCCAUUUGGACAAACAUUAAUUUCAGUUCAGUCAUUGUUAUUGAGAGAAAUAUGCUUGAGUCUUGGGGUAACCUAGUUGCAACGUAACAGUGGCUGUGGUGUACAGAGAAAGACGUGCGGGUUAAAAUAAUUCAAACUGCUCAAUAAUGGCACGGCAAAUUGGGGAUGAGUCCCAGGGGCUGAGCUCGAUCUCUCAUCGUGUUUGCUCAUUUCAGAACAUAAAUACGUCAAGAUUAUUUUAAACCAUUAUAUCGAAGGUGACCUCACAGCAUAUUUGGAGUUCCAUGGCUUGCCCUCUUAGACAGAAAAUGAAAACUUCCGCAAAUCUAGCUUUGCCGGCUGAAUGUACAGUUUUAACGGGUAACCUCGGAGGUUUGUCGUGGCAGCGAAUUCAAAAAGUCUUCAAAGGCCAGGCUGCAAUCCAGUCCCUUUGCAUUGCGAAAUGAUUGCAAGAUAUCCUCACGUUCAUACCUAUAACUCGAAGAGAAGAGUUUCUGAUUUGUAAGCGGGUAGCAGCAGGAAGGGCGCUUUGACCCCUAACCAUUUCUUAACUCUCCUUUAAGUCUUUAAAGACAAUUAUGAAUUUGAACAGCACCUGGUCUCCAGGCCUGUAUGCCAUAUUCCAAGUGCGGCCGCAUGAAUGUUUCAAAAGCCCUGAGAAGACGUCUUGCUUAAAAUUCGUACGUACCCGCUUGAUAGCGUACAGUACAGAUAUUAAGCUUUUGCCGCUCUCUAGCGAUGACCGGGUGGUUUAAGAAAGUUCGCUUUUAGCACACCGAGGUCCCUUUGGGCUUCGACGUCUCAUAAAGCUAUAACUCCCAUAAAGUAGUUUCUCGUACAGGCAGAGCUGGCUGUAAUUCCUGGGCGAAGUACGCUUCAUUUACCAGCGUUGAACCGAAGGGGCCAACGGUUUUCCCACUCAUCCAGCCGAAUUAGGUUUAUCUGUAUUCUGUCUUCAUCGGCAGGGCUCCGAAUUACACUCCAUGCAUUGUUGCCCGCAGUCCAAAUCACUUGCGCAGUCGUCCACGUAUGUAAGGGACAGAAACAGUCGGGAAUAGGAUGGCUAACCUCACAUUAUCAAGUAGGGAAAUUGACACCAUCUCCUAAUGAUACUCCAACUAUUUCCUGAAAACAAACCGAGACCACGUCCACUUAAACUGAUGGGAGGGGAGGCGGUGAACUAUUGAGUUGCCAUUGCUACUAACUUUUGAAUGCAUUUAUUAUAAGAAGUCAAGUCCAGAAAACGUAUAUUUUCGAUCACACAUCAUCAAGCCUGUAGAGUUGUUUAAAGGGUGGGAGAGUGCAGAAAGUUGAACAGCCAAUAAAAGUAAGGAUAGGGGAGAAGGCGUUCAGAGGUCAGGAUCAGAGUAAAGUUCUGUCAUGGGCGUAGGGAUGGGGAGGGGGAAGGUGUCUGUCCAGUGGCUGUAACUCAGUGUGGCGGGAGAUGUAAACACAUAUACUGAGAUUGUAUUUGUCCAGGCAGGUCUGAGCGCUUACACAAAGUUUGGGUUGGCUAGCCGUUUGUCCACUGCUUCUGUCGUCGCAAGUAUCCGCUGACAGCGGAACUCGGGCUGUCUCGAAGACACUUCAUAGAUGACUCGGACUGCCUAGUUGACGUCUACCCGAUGGCCGCUAUCAACCAUGCGAGCCACAAUUGCGCUAGAGAUUGACUGUUGCAUACCUUAAUUUAGCCAGGCAGACUGGUGCUCUCACAUCCGCUGCAUAGCCGCCUAGUUGUCGACCAAUAUAAGCUGCCCUACAGAAGGCGUAUAAACACAUCAAAGAGGUUUGAAAAGGCAGUCUGACCUUACCUUCAAGGCGAAGAAGCGUAGUGCUUGUGAAAACUAAACUUGUUUUAGCGGCUGGGUGAAUGCGCGCGAUGGCAACAUUUUAGCUGCGAAGUGGAAGCUUGCUUGCUGGACCUCCUCGAAAUGCCAAUGUUUUAUUCAGCCGUUGACAGUUCAGAUUUGAAAGGGCGUUCUUCGACACGUUUGCUGAUUUGGUGAGCUCCAGAUUACAGACUCGAUAUUUAACAUAAUAUCGCUCACCCCACUGUGUCCGGUAGCGGGUGAAUCCCGAGGGAAUGAAACUUAGUUGCCAUGCCACCACAAGCGAAGAAGGUAACUUGAGGUAUAUGAUUACGGUAACUUACACCAGACCUUCUAAUUACUACAUUUUACCUUCGUAUUCUCACGAGGUUGGGGUGCUGUGAUGAAGAUGAACGAAGGCGUGAACAUCAAGUUGGUCAUGUGAAAGUUUUAAUCCUUUCCUUGCCCUUUCGUCCGAAAUUUUAACACAAGACAAAUGAAAAACAUUUGUGGGAUUUCGAAACCAUCUUCCCCUCAGGGGUGCUGAAUGCAGAAUUUGUGAUUUUAAUAUUUUAUAGAUAAGAGCGUAUCUAACCUGAAUUAGCAGUCCAACGUUAAAUAAAAGGUUUUUGGAUGAAUAAGUGAUAGCGCCUGGCUGUACUGGAUAUAUGCGCGGCGAGACGAAGAAACGCGCGUGGCGGUCUUCACUGUGGAAUAAAUAGAUGCUGAAACCUGCAUCCCCUUUUCAUGGCCUAGUCCAUGUAUGUCUCGAUGGCCAAUCCAUUGCGUCUCAGAUGCGUAAAAUAUGACCUGGUAUAUUUUAUAACGUGAAAAUUUAUGUGGAAUUUCCGCCCCCAAGUUCCUCGAGUGUGGUGCGACAAGAGCUUUUUAAUUACUUGAAAUCUCGACUUCAUUAUAUUUGUCCUUGACGCACAGGAAGAGACUAUUAUCGUAGUUGACGAACAUAAAACGAAUCAUGACGGAAUAACACGUAGUCCCUUGACAUUAGGUGCUAAUGCGAAUGCGAACAUCAAAGAAAAAGUGACCAAAUUAUGUCGAAUGAGCGGAUCUCUAGGGUAGCACCACAACAAUCCGCCAAGGAUCAAAACAGGGGAGUAAGAUCUCUGUGCUUAUAUGCUUACACAAAUUGGCCAUCAAUUCUCGCAAUUCCAAUCUUUGUAUCUUUCGCCUACGCCCUCCUCAAAUUGCACCAGUUUCCAAGUCUGCGGUGAUUGGAGGAAGAAGGGAGGCAGCGUGGUUUGGCUGCUGCUGGGUUAAGUCUUUUUACAUUUCGGGAUGGUAUAAGAAACUUAAGCGUGCACGGAAUUAGAUUAAUUAAUAUAUUUAGUUUUUUAAGUAUUUUAAACUCUGAUUUCCGUUUUCGUACCCGUCCUUGUUGUACACUUCGUACACAUUGUACACUUUAAUCACAUAAAAGGACGCAUUUGGAAUUUCUUCUAGUCGACGUAUGCUGUCUACCGCUUCCUUGGGCCCCAUGAUUAAAAUUCCUAUUUCCACCAUGACCGUAUUACAGGCGUGGUAACAGCUUGAAUUAUAAUUGGGGCUACAAAACAAGGCAAUAAGCUCCCUCGUAAGUUACCUCUUUAAGAAGUGCCUUCAUACAGCACUCCGUGAACCGAUCUUUGUGUACUUUACAUUUCAGCACGAUCAGCCCAAAAACUUUACACUUUUGGCUGUUCCUUUCAUGUUCCUAAACUAUGCUAACAUUUUUUAAUUGUCAACAUAGGAACCUGUCCUUUUCUAUAUAUUGCGAUCAUUUGCACUGUUUUUGCUCGCUUUAAGACUACUUUUUUGAUUAUGAAUGCACAGCAGAGCACCCAUACAAACAGUGAUAUUUGUUGAAAGUUUUAGUGGUUUCCUAGUUCCCUUUCUGGUUAAGGUAUGUGCGGAAGCUAGACUACACGAAAAGUAAUGUUUCAUGUGUCUAAAGCUGUAAAAUGACCAUUCGGUGGUGGUCAUUUAUGUAAAAUCACGUAAACGUCUCCCAAGCGUCAAAAUAAUUUCAUCCAAUUUAAACGAGGGAAUCCUUGUCUGCAUUAUUACUGCAGUUGUGGGCACCAAAUCGCAUAGAUCUGCUAAUAGGACUUUUAGGAAUUGCUAAGACAUCUGCUUCUCGAAAAAUAACCUUUGUGUUAGCAAGAAGAUUACCAAAGUAAGCAUCGGACAUAAAAUAAAUUUCAAGUUCGCCUAAAACUGCAUAUUAAAACUCUCGUAGUUAAGUUAAUUUCUCUCUAAUGCAGAAAUCGCUCAGACAAGCAACCGGACUCUCGGACAUGUAAUGACAUCGGGAAUUACAAGAAUAUUUAGCGAAGUCUAUUUUCGCUAAAAUGUACCAACAUUCUGCUUGAUAUAAUUACGUAAUCACAGUUGCUGCAUAAGAGAAGGACAUUGCGCACCGUUGAAUACGUCCAGAAAUUCUCACAUCAGUUUCUGUUAACGGGUUUCAUGAGAUAGGUCACGUACUGUAUGCCGCCAAUCCUACCUCUAAAUUGUUAUUUUAACUUUAUGAUGCACUUAUUUUCUAAAUGAAAACGUUAGCAGGAUUUUGUGGCGAUAUUCUCUCUGAAAAGAUGACUGAAUGCAAUAAUUAUGGUUUAGGUAUUUUAAAUCUGAGAGAUUAACCCAUCUGGAGUAACAGGCUAACAUUGCUGUACUUAGACAAUAUAAUCACAAAAGGGAACGCUUUUGGAAUUUUUUUCACUCGGAGUAUGUUGUCAACCGUCUUCUUCAGCCCCAUCACAAAAAUUCCUAUUACCACCAUGACCUUAUUACAGGCGUCUAAACAGCUUGCUUUAUGAUUGAAACCACAAAAGACGACGUAGCUCAGUAUUUCCAGGUGGUUGCUGUUUCCAAUAGAAGCGAAGAGCCGAGUCCCAGGAAGUAGUCUUGAAGAAUGAGACACGAUCGCCGGGACAAGAGCUUUAUUAGCCUGACGUUUCGGAUUCCUACUCGAAUCCAUCAUCAGAGACAAAAGAGCAGACCCGUUUCUGCUCUUUUGACUCUGAUGAUGGAUUCGAGUAGGAAUCCGAAACGUCAGGCUAAGAAAGCUCUUGUCCCGGCGAUCGUGUCUCCUUCUUGCAGGUUAUUGUUUCAUUGAUAGCACAGGCGUUUUUUAAUAGAAAUGAUUAUUACUUCAGACCAAAUCACCUGUUUCAUAAAAUGAUGACCCUGGUCGAAACGUGGACACACGUAUCCGUCAUCGACCCCCAAGUAUUUCAAAAUGUCAGGCUACUACGCCAUUGAACGUGAGUGAGCGUCUUUGAAUCCAGCAUACUCAAUAUCUGAGCGGUGCGACUGAGGAAACAGGCUUUUCCCAAAUCGACAUUGUGUAUGCAGAACUUUCAAAAACGUGCCGUAAUUUUCCGCUUCGGCAAGAGCCAACGAUAUGGAGUGUUUUCCCUACAGGCGAAAGAAACGCAGUCGCUUUGAUUGUCUAUAACCAUUAGAUAGAUGUUGACCUAUUAGCACGACCGUAGUCUGUUUGUUUAUUGAUCAUAUACUUUGCUGUAUUUCUUUGGCACAUCUCAUGUAUAUUACAUGUUCAGUUUAUAUCUUAUCUCUGCAUCAUAAUGUUUCUAAACGACACAGCGGAAGCGAUCAUUGUCCUAUCUGACAGGGAGACAGCGAAUCAAGUCCGCUCGAUUGAUGUCUAUGAGUUGCUUUGAAAAGAAUAGCAUUUACACAAUCGAGAGACCCUCGUCAUUAGACACCAACGCAACGAACGUGAAGUAGUUAGUUCUGAUGGAGGCAAAAAGAAAAAUCGAAACAAAUCCAAUUAUAAAAGAUUCUGAUAUAUCUGACCCGGAAAUCAACUCAAAUUCAAACCGUCGCGUCAUUAGAUCCAUGAGGUUAAUCAGGACGGGAAAGAAAUGUUGUAUUGCUUCUGUGCUUAUUUUGGGUAGUCAUUGGUAAGAUGCGGUUAUGUAGCCCCAGCGGAAGUACAUAAACCACAACCGCCUAUAAUAAAGGACUGGUGGUAACAGGGUUUUUUUACAGGUGAAGCCGGGGAACGCACAGGCGACGACGUCAAUUAGUUGUUCGCAAAAAAGGUAUUGGUAAUGCGCGAUUGAACUUUGAGUGGUUGAGAUAUAGUUUUCGUAACCCAUAACCCUAACACUGACCCCUAAUUCUAAUCCCUUACCCUAACCCCUAAUCCCAACCCCAGCAGUAUUGUGUCCAGCAGAUGGGGCUACACAACUACAUCUUACCUAGCCCUCAAGCUUCUUUUUUGCAUUCUUCUUGUGUUCUUCCUACAACCUCCGCAGAGGCUACCAUUUGGCAGGUCUGAACGUGUUAGGGGGAGCGCGGUUAGGUUGCUGAUCGCUCACACUGCGGAAGUGCCCGGUCCUUAUUAGCAGAGGACAAGUAAAUGCCGCUAGGAGUGCUCCACAGCCCUCUGUGAGGAAAAUAGCAAGGAAAGCGUCCUAAAACCCACGAUGAGCACUUAGAUAUCAUAUAAAACACAAAAUCAUUGCCCGCGUUGUCAAACAUAGUCUUUGCUUAAAGUGAUCAUUGUACGUACUCUUCCAAUCUCUAGGUAGCACAAACCGCUUUAUUUAGAAUUGUUAUCUCCAAAUGACCAACAGAACGUCAAUGUGCAAAACCGUGCUAAGACCUGACGGAAAUUUAAUCGCCUACAGGGGGUGCAUUAAGGACUGAUUUCGAAGCAUUUUACUUUGCGCUCGACUGAUAUAGAGAACAAAUAUUAGAAAAUUUGAUUAUACGCAAGAUGGCUAGGAGGCAUGUGACUACUGUGCAGUAUAAGGCACAGUUGAGUGUCUUUUACUAAUUGGAUUUGCCAUGUCGCAACACAAUAACCCACUCAUGUUCGGAAGCAGUACCCCUUACCUGAAGUCUUCAAUUACACAGCAGUCAAUUCACGCAACUUGUUCCCUAGUGAGUGUGUUGCUUUCAACAGGAAUCAUGUAGUCCUCUUACACAAAACUGCAAGAAAAUCAGCGUCACAUAUUUAAACAGCGUAGUGGUGAGGCAUGGCAUGUCAGCGUGACUUCAAAAAAUUGAAUGUCUUUACAAGCUUUGGUUUUUUUUCUCAUAAAACGUACAAUUCAAGACCGUGUUUUGGAGGUCUGAUUCGAUCAAACUUCAGUGACGCCCCCAUCAAGGACGAUGUCGGUCACGCAACUCCUACUCCUCGACCCCAGCUCCCCUCUCGGCCUUCGCAUUCUGCAUUUCUUCGUUUGCGUCCCUUCGUUUACUACCUGAUUACAAACUAACCUUUCCUCUGUCUUCACUACUUUCUCAUUCCCUCUCCCCUUAUUUGGUUCCUCCUCCUCAUCCUCCGCAUCUGCCUCUUCUUCUUCUUCUUCCUCCUCCUUCUCCUCCUCCUCUUCUCUUCCUUUCCCUCCUCCUUCUUUGUUGGAUUGUUUUUUGACCCAUUCGCAUAUGUUCUUUCAUAUUGACAUGUAAAUAGUAGAAUAAGUUUGUCUCUCCGCAUCACCCCAGACUUUGUAACUCAUGGGCUUUACUCCCCCCUUCCUCCUCCUCAUCCUCAUCCUCCGCAUUUGCCUCUUCCUCCUCCUCCUUCUCCUCCUCCUCCUCCUCCUCCUCCUCCUCCUCCUCCUCUUUCUCCACUUAA